AAUAUGGGGAUCCGUACAAUUCAGUAGAUCAAACUAAAACUUCUCUGCACGCAGUGACCACGCGAACGAAAGGAUCUAUCCUAAGUGGAUUGUCUGGUUCAAGGCGGAAGGGAUACCCUAGACGCGCCUAAAAUACAAAAAGUCAUCAUGACUUUGAACAAAGGUGACAAAUUGAGGAACAUGGACAAAAGGAGGGGGAGUAUGCCGUUUCCCAUGCACUUGCAGAACUUGCACAGAAGAAGUAUGCCAGUGGACGAGCGCGAGAUUCGAGCAGCGCCAAUUGGAGAGCUGCCUAACCUCAUGCGCUGCACGUCCUAUACCCCUGGUGAUCCGCACCCAAACAGCUGUGUGUCCGACUCGUCUGAUUCCGUUAUCUCCUCCGGCAGCGACUCAGAGGGACAAGUGUACAAGGUUGUUCUACUUGGGGAGCAUGGAGUCGGCAAGUCUAGUCUAGCACGGGUAUUCGGUGGCGUCGAGGAUGGUCACGACGGUGACGAGACAGGAAACACAUAUGACAGAUCGAUUGAAGUGGAUGAGGAAGAGGCGUCCAUCUUGUUGUAUGAUAUUUGGGAACAGGAUAACAGUCAGUGGCUAAAGGAGCAGUGCAUGAGGAUGGGUGACGCCUACAUCAUCGUCUACUCAGUGACAGACAAGUCCAGCUUUGAGAAAGCAUCCGAGCUACGCAUCCAGCUGCGGAGAGCUCGCCAGUCUGAGAACAUUCCCAUAAUCCUUGUGGGGAAUAAGAGUGACCUGGUACGGUCCAGAGAAGUGUCUGUGGAUGAGGGCAGUGCCUGCGCUGUGGUGUUCGACUGCAAGUUCAUUGAGACCUCAGCCAAUCUUCACCACAAUGUCAGGAAUCUGUUCGAGGGCAUUGUUCGCCAGAUCCGCCUCCGUAAAGACAGCAAGGAGGAGAACGCUCGCCGUAUGGCUAACUGCAAAAGACGCGAGAGCAUUAGCAAGAAGGCCAAGCGUUUUCUGGGUCGUAUGGUGGCCCGGAAGAAUAAAAAGAUGGCCUUUAGACAGAAGUCCAAGUCCUGCCAUGACCUCUCCGUCCUCUGAGAGAACGGUAUCUGGACUGCUGUUUUUCUUUUGGCCCACAAGACCAGACGCUGUGUGUUUUUAACUCUAUCCCCAAGGACUGACAGAGCUGUACAGAAAUUCUAUAUUUUAUUUUGUAAGAAUAUGAGAGGAUUAUAUUACAGUAAUUAAACCCAACAGACAUGUCCAUGUUUAUGAUCUACAUGAGGCUUUUUUGCCUUAUGUAUGUAUUUCUGUUGAUACUACUUGUGUAUGUAUAUUCAAUCCACCAAGGCUUGUUAUUUUCAACCGCGAGCUUCAAGAUUGCCUUGAUAAUGUGGGACAAUGUGUAUGGAUGUAUUCCCUCUAAAAGGUUUGUAUUGUAUAUAGCCUUGAUGAAAGCUUAGAUUAUGGAACACUAUCCCUGAACGCAAUGGAACUGUAAGCACUAUCAGUGAUUUCACUUCAUUUUAUCACCUGGAAUAAUUUUUACUUGAAACUGGGUACGCAGGUUCGUACUUUGGCCAUGAUACUGAGAAUGGAAAUAAUGUGUAAUGGGGGUUAGGGCAGAUGUUGGGAACAUAUAGGAUUCUAUAGUCCUAACCUUCUCCCCUAUGUGAAUAAAGGAAGCAAUAAGUUAUACUUCUCAUAUGAAAUUUAUGAAUUUACUUUUUGGUUAAAAUAAGGUUGAUUUGCACUUUCUUUUAAUAUUAAAAUGCCAUUAUGUUUACAUUUGACAUUCUUUCAAUAAAAUUACAACUUUUCAGUA